AUGAAGUUACUAUAUAAGGAACACCCUCGAACAUUAGUACUAUAUUCAGAUACUUUCAGUUUAUCAUUUCGAAUCAAAUCGUCCAAAGAACUCGAUUCCAAGAAACCAACAGUUAAUGUUGAUUUAAUCCCAAACACAAACAUCACCAAAGAACAAGGUUAUAGAACAUUAAUUCGAAGAGACGUUUUUGGAUGUUUAGGAUUAAUCUAUGUGGAAGAUCAAAUAUAUCUUGCAAUUAUUACAGGGGCAUUAACUAAUGUUGCUCGUCCCAUUGAAAAUGAAACAGUUGAUAAAAUUUAUUCGGUGGAUUUUGUAUCUUUAAAUAAUGAUGAUUGGGAUUUUGUUGAAUUAGAUAGUUCAGGAUAUCCUAUUGUUGUUAAUGAAGAACAAGAUGACGAUGAUAAUAAUAUUACUAGUGAUAGGUAUGCACGAGUACAACAUCCAUGUUUUGAAUUAAGGAAAUUAUUAUCUAAUGGAUCAUUUUAUUAUUCUAAUGAUUUUGAUUUAACGUCAUUAUUACAAAAUAGAGGAGUUAGUAGUCCUGACACUAGAAUAAAUUCUAUUGAUCAUUAUAAACCAGAAUAUAUGUGGAAUUCAUUUUUAAUGGAUGAAUUGAUUCAUUUCCGAUCUAAUUUAGAUACUUAUAAUCAAUUAAUUUUGGAUGAUAAUCGGUUUUUAACUACUGUGAUUAGAGGGUUUGCGAAAACAACCCCGAUUGGCAGUAAUGGUGAUUCCUUGACGAUUAUUUCUAAACAAUCUUGGAAACGUGCUGGGACAAGAUAUAAUACUCGAGGUAUUGACGAUAAUGGGAAUGUUGCCAAUUUUGUUGAAACGGAAUAUAUCUAUUAUAAUCCAUCGAAAUCAUCAAUUUUCACUUUCACACAAAUCAGAGGAUCGGUACCUACAUUUUGGGAACAAGAUUCAAGUUUGAUGAAUCCUAAAAUUACUUUAACAAGAUCCACCCAAGCAACACAACCAGUUUUUAAUAAACAUUUUGGUGAUAUUCUUCAAAGUUAUGGAGUGUGUCAUAUUGUUGAUUUACUUUCGAAAACUAAAUCAUCAGAAGUACAAAUAUCACAAAGAUACCAACAACUUUAUAAUCAUUGUGACAAGAAAGAAGAAAUCGACUAUACGGCAUUUGAUUUCCAUCAUGAAACAAAAAUUGCUGGAGGUUUUGCUGGGGCAACAAAAAUUUUACCCUAUUUACAAGAUUCAUUAAAUCUGUUUGGUUGGUUUACUUAUGAUAUGAAUCGUCAAGAAGUUAUUACUCGACAAGAUGGGAUUUUCCGUGUAAAUUGUUUAGAUUGUCUUGAUCGUACUAAUUUAAUCGAACAAGUUAUUUGUCGAUCCGUUUUGGAAAAUAUUUUAACUAAUCAAGGGAUUUAUAAUAAUCGUAUGGCAUUUGAAGGAAUGAUUCAAAAACACAAUACAUUAUGGGCUGAUAAUGGUGAUGCCAUAUCACAAAUUUAUACGGGGACCAAUGCCUUGAAAUCAUCAUUUUCAAGAUCAGGUAAAAUGAACUUUGCUGGGGCAUUAUCAGAUGUUACUAAAUCAGUUUCAAGAAUGUAUCAAAAUACAUUUGUCGAUGGGAAAAAACAACUGACAAUAGAUAUAUUGGUUGGAGUUGAUGGAAGAAAUUCUUGUAAAGUGAAAGUUUAUAAUCCUGCCAGUGAAUACAUUAAAAGUAAAUUAAAAGAACAAGAAAAUUCAUUUACAAGUUUUGAAAAUGUUAAAAUUUUUACAGGGACUUAUAAUGUCAAUGCAUUUAACCCGUUGAUGACGAAAAAUAUCGAUUUAACUUCUUGGUUGUUCCCUUCUAGUGUACAAAAUGGUGAUGGAUCAUUACCGGAUAUGUAUGCCAUUGGAUUACAAGAAUUGAUUGAAUUAAAUGCAAGUUCGAUAUUAAAUGCUGAUGGUAGUAGAGCAUUACAAUGGUCACAAUUAUUAAAUGAACAAUUGAAUUCUUUUCAAAUGGAUGAAGAAUAUGUCUUGUUAAGAACAGAAUCAAUUGCUACAAUGGCAUUAUUUUUAUAUGUUAAAAAAUCCAAAGUAUCAUAUGUAACAAGAGUUGCUGGGUCAUCCAAAAAGACUGGUUUAGGAGGUAUGGCAGCCAAUAAAGGUGCUUGUGGAAUUAGAUGUUUAUUUGGUACCACGUCAUUUGCUUUUGUUACAUGUCAUUUAGCUGCUGGGACAUUGGCCGUCACAGAAAGAUAUAAUGAUUAUUCAACAAUAAUGCAAGGAUUAGUUUUCCCCCGUAAUUAUUAUAUUAAAGAUCAUGAUCACGUAAUAUGGUUUGGUGAUUUAAAUUAUCGAAUUGAUAUUCCCAAUUUAGAAUGUCGUCAAUUGGUGGCUAAUGGUGCUUACAAGGAAUUAUUAGAAAAUGAUCAAUUAACUCGUGAAAGAAGAGAUCGAGGAGCUUUUAAUGAAUUUAAAGAAGGUUUAGUGAAAUUUCCUCCAACUUAUAAAUUCGAUAAAUAUACUAAUGAUUAUGAUACUAGUGAAAAACAAAGAACUCCAUCAUGGACAGAUCGUGUUUUAUUUUUAAGUGAUAAGAAAUUAACUACUACUAAUCCAUUGAAAUUAUUAAAGUAUGAUUCUGCUAUUGAUGUCUUGUAUUCUGAUCAUAAAGCCGUUUAUGCAAGUUUUGAAACCACAGCUAAGAUUAUUAAUGAACAAAUCAAGAAAAAUAAAUUGAAUGAAAUUAUUCUGUCUUUAUCAUUUAAGAAAAUAACACCAUCACCAUCGCCAUCACCUGCCCCAUUAACAACAUCAUCAACAACAACAACAACAACAACAAUGUCUCGUACAUCAAGUUUAACAAGGUCUUCAACUUCAAUUUUGACACCAACUCCAGUAUCAGCUGGAGGAACCACUGAUUUAAUACAUGGAUUAGGUCAAACAACAACAACCACUUUGUCACUGGCACCACCUCCGCCACCUCCGGCAAGACGUGCCAUGACAACGCCUUCAACUAUUCCACCAAUUGGGUUUUCUUCAACUCCAUUAAUUCCAUCUCCAUUAAGUUCCAAUAGAUCAUCACCAGCACCAUCUAUAAAUUCAAGUUCAGAAAAGAAACAUGACACCAAACCACCAAUUCCACCAAUGAAAAGAAAUACCACAUUAAAUGAUAUUAAAUUAUCAUCACCAUCACUUACAAAUUCUAUAAAGAGUGGGAAAGUUUUAAAAGAUGAUAGUGAUGUUGAUACAAUGAAAAAACUUGAUGUUAAACCAAUGAUUCCUAAAAAACCUGAAAAUUUGAAAUCAAUUCAUAAAGAUGGAAAAUUGGACAAUAAUGGGAAUUCAACAUCUCAAAACACAAACGGUGGUGAAAGUGGUGGUGGCGGAGUAGCCACACCCAAAUCAAUGGCUAGUUGGCAACCAUUAGUUCCUGGUCGUAAAUAG